AUGCUGGCAGAGCCGGAUACAUCUUUGGGUGCGAUUGACGAGCUGCCUGGGCCAGCCAUGGCAAGCGUACUCGAGUCUGCGUUCGGAAAGGCGUCCAUAUCAGGAGCGCAGGCUACAAACAAAGAGCAAAUCGAUGGCGCGGCCCCGAGCAUGAAGGCCCAAGGCAAGCAACGCGCUCUCGACGAUUCGUCAGACGCGCUUCUUCCUCCCCCGUCCUCCGCGCAGGACGAUGCAUCGAGCAGCGCUCCUCUCCUCACCGAAUCUGCAGGCAAAUCUCGGCCACUGACGCGGUCACAAGGGAGCGUCAGCAGCCAACCUCCCGUCAGCCUGACCAUGACGCCUUCCGGAACAACGAUGGAGGCAACAGGUAGGACAGCCCCAGAGGGAGAGUUCAUCUCCGGCGUAUUUGACGAUCUUGAUCUCGAAUUGCCGGACGAAUUUGGGCCUAUGAUGCUCCGUAAUCAAUCUCUGACGCGUUCGCAAUCAAAACAAGUCCAGACUGGUUUAGGUGACACGCUCGACGGUCGCCCGCAGCCGAGACCGUUACAAUCCUAUCGAUCUGGAGACUCGUCUGACAAUCUUGGUAUGUCUGGCGGUAGCCAACGGCUUGGGCUUGGCUUCAAUGAGCAGAUGGCCGAAGUGGGUUCCGUCUCGCCCAGCGAUCUCAAUGGUGGCAUCAGCCUAAUCUCUGUCCAAGGUCCUUCACCACAUCCCGGCGAGGGUACGAGCUUGAGCCACAAGACGUCCUCGAACCUCCUGAGCGCACCCAUGCUCAAAGGCGAAAGCGAGUCUUCCGGCAGUCGCAGAGCCUCCGCGUUCCUCGAUGCUCCCUCAGCAGUGGGGACGCCUGCCACAUCUGUUUCGACCGCUCAGCCCUCAUCGGCUGAUUCGAGCUCGAAUGCACUGCCUACACUUGGCUCCAACACCAGCUUGAAUGAAGACGCCAUGGUCAUCGUCGAAGACAACUUAGAGGGCGACGAAGAGUCUGAUGAUGAGGCAAACGUGUCGACCGGCAAGAAGGGCGCCGGCAUUGCCAACGCAAAAAAGUACACGACCAGCGGAAGGCGCAAAAUUGACAUUCAAUACAUCACCGAAAAGUCAAAGCGUCACAUCACUUUCAGCAAGCGCAAGGCGGGCAUCAUGAAGAAGGCUUACGAGCUGUCCACGUUGACCGGGACACAAGUGCUCUUGCUCGUCGUUUCAGAGACUGGGCUCGUCUAUACCUUCACGACUAACAAGCUUCAACCGAUCGUGACUGACAAAGCUGGCAAGAAUCUCAUUCAGAAAUGUCUAAGUGCAAAAGGCGAACAGUCCAAGGAUACACUUGUCGAGAAGCCCGCGUCUGCUCCGCCUACGGUCAGCAAUGCAGCUGCAGCUGAUCCAGCAAUGUCCGCCCACAGUCCGUACGCUUCGCCACAUCCUCAACUCGCCCAAGGCGCUGCUACACCGAUGCUAUCCACACCGGCUCCUGUCGGAAUGCCCGCAUUCCCCCAAGCGUAUCACCCGAACAGUCCUUUCAUCUUGCCUUCAGCGUCAGGGUCUGCGACGGCAGCAAACAAUUCAGCGUACGCACAAGCAGGCACGCCAGGCUCCCUGCAUAUACCCUCACCUUUGCCCGGCACACCUCAGCCGAUGCUAUCGCCGUCGUCACAGUCACGCACACCUCGCACCUUGAAGAAACGAAAGACGACCGAGAAUCUGAAGUUGCGGGAGACGGCCGCCCAGCUUGACGCCCGCAGACGUGCAGCUGCUAUCUUGGCAGAGCAGUUCCUGAUCGAAGCUCAGCAAGCGCCAACCAUCGCCAAUCUGCUGCGAGCCUUCCAACAAGCCGACGAGUCUCAACGUACUAGGCCGCCGAAGCUGGGUCCGAACGGUAUGCCCGUCGUCGAGGGUCUGGACGGCACACUUCACCUCUUCCAAUCAAAUUGCGAGGAUCGGCCGGAGGCACAAGUAGCUCGUCAAGCAGGCAAGCGGUGGAUGGAUCUACAUGGCUGCGAAGAUCUAGAAAAGUGUUUCAUCGAUUUCUUCACUGAUUUCCUGGUGACGAAGUGCCCAAGCAGCGAAGAGGAAGUUUCUGCAAACUCAAAGGAUCUGCUCAAAUUCGUUGCCUGGCUGCAUGGUCACCAUUUCAUCACGAAAGAACUGGAGCAGCAGAUCAUGCAACGAUGUCCAACACACGUCCUCGAUUCGAGCAAACCUUUUGCAAACCUGCCCGAUUCACGGACCGACAAGGCUACGAAGGCCCUUAGCGAGUACUGCGUCUAUCUCAAUGACGACUUCGCGCCCCGGCGCGGAGGCCUGACAAUGGUCGGCGCCUUUCGCGGAUUCUACAGCGUCGAGCGCGUUCGCCGCAAUUACGCCUUGCUCGGCAAUCAGGCGCUAGAUCACGAAAACAUUACGCCGUUCAAAGUCAGACUACCGUACAAAGUCACUCGACUUCUCAAGCCACAAGAUCAGCUCUAUCUCGGUCUCAAUCAAGUUGCAGGCAAGUCUUACUGGGUUCCAGUGGAGAGCGGGCAAAUUCAAAGCGUCGACGAAGAAGCGCUCGAGCCGAACUGGCCGAAUCCAGAGUAUCAUCAAAUGGAGCUGGCUAGCGCUCAACGUAACGGUGACCAAGCAGCGCUUACGUAUCAUCUCCAUCGCUAUCAUCAAGAUGUGCGAUCACGCGACUUGCUUCAAGGAGGUGAUCUAUCAGAAGAUGAGUAUGAGGACAAGUCGGGCUCGGGAGGUAUGGCCACUCGUAGUCCUCGAAGACGUCCGAUGGUCAACGCAUCGCAAAGUGUUCCGAACCUCAAAACACUCGCAGCUCAGCAACAGCAAAAUGCGCAAGCGAGCCCUUUCCUGGCGCCUAACGGACUUUUGGGUCAAUGGAACGGUGUAACUUACUAG